CGGCAUCACCAACGAGAAAAGAAAAGGAAAAAUAUCUCAUUCUUUUAGAAGCUUUCAAGUAAGCAGAAGUGAGAAAUGGCGUCGCUAAUUCCAAGAUUUUUGGGUGGGCGUGGGAGCAACAACUCGGACCCCAUGUCAUUGUCAUCGGAUGUUUGGGAUCCAUUUGAUCGGGAGACAUCUGCUAUGGCCAACGCCCGCAUCGACUGGAAGGAGACCCCAGAAGCCCACAUCUUCAAGGCCGAUCUUCCUGGGAUGAAGAAGGAUGUAGUGAAAGUAGAAGUUGAAGAAGGCAGAGUUCUGCAGAUCAGUGGAGAAAGAAGCAAAGAGAAGGAGGAGAAGAAUGAUAAAUGGCACAGAGUCGAACGAAGCAGUGGGAAGUUCGUGAGGAGAUUCAGGCUGCCGGAGAACGCUAAAGUUGAAGAGGUGAAGGCUAGCAUCGAAAAUGGAGUUCUCACUGUGAGGGUGCCUAAGACGAAAGAGAAGAAGCCUGAAAUCAGAUCCAUUGAAAUCUCAGGCUAAACAUUUGUUUCUGUUGGUCUCUGUUGCAAUGUGUGAGUCUGAAGGUUUAAAGUUGUUGGGCGUGUGUGUAUAAAAAUUAGUGUAAAAUGGAAUGUAAGCAAAUAAGAAAACAAUAAUAUCAGCCUACUAAUGUACA